AUGGUUGCUCCAAGAUGCCUCCUAAAAAUUGAUCUUUCAAAGGCUCACGAUUCGGUAGGAAGGGUCUUCGGCAAGGUGACCCCUUUCUUAUUUGUGCUUUGUGUUGAAUACCUCUCAAGAUUGCUUAAAGCUAUCAUGGAUGAUAGUAAUUUCAACUUUCACCCAAAAUGUGGCCCCCAAAAGAUCACCCAUUUAGUUUUUGCGAAUGAUUUGAUGCUAUUUGCUAGGGGAGACGUUAUGUCGGUAAAAAUUCUCAUGAAUUGCCUUUCAACUUUUGGUUCGAUUUCGAGAUUAGGGUUGAACGUUCUUAAAUCCAUCUUGUUUAUUGUUGGAAUUCAUGGACAACUUCUUGAGAAUAUCUUGGAAUUAACAAAUGUUCCGAGGGGGAGCAAGAUUGAAGUUAUAAAGGCAGUUCUUCAAAGAAUGGAAUGUUUUUGGCUCUCUAUAUUUCUUAUUCCGGCGACAAUUAUAUCAAGGAUUGAUCUUUGUCUUCCAAGAGAUGAAGGGGGCCUCGGAUUGAUGAAAUUGAAGAGCUGGAAUUUAGCGCUACUUACUAAAUCCCUUUGGAACAUACAACAUAAAAAGGACUCUCUAUGGAUUCGGUGGGUUCAUCAAAUCUAUCUUAAAGGGACAUGUAUUUGUGAGGUUUCUCCGAGAAAAGAUCACUCCCCAUUGUUUAAAAAGUUGCUGGAAAUCUAG